AUGUCACCCACACAGGAGCUCGUGCCACAGACUGAAUCCAUUGCGGAAGUCUACGCAACGGACGACGCUUCAGUCAACUCAGUCGCACCAGAGCACCAGCAGCGAUGGGCCAACCUCAUCACCCAGUUUAACAAGACCUAUACCUACCGCCCGGACUUUGUGGCCCGCAGUCCCGGCCGCGUGAACAUCAUCGGAGAGCACAUUGACUACUCGCUAUACGAUGUCCUGCCCACUGCCGUCAGUGUGGACGUAAUCAUGGCCGUCAAGGUGGUCCCUUCCACUGCGUCCGAAUCCACCAUCACAAUUGCCAAUGUCUCGCCGGAAAAAUUCCCCACUCGCGAAUUCAGCGUGCCCCACGAUCAGGAUGUCGAGAUCGACCCCAAGAAGCACGAGUGGGUGAACUACUUCCGCGCCGGCCUGUCGGGCGCUCUCAAGUUCCUGCGCAAGGAAAAUGGCGCCAUUGUUCCCGCUAGCAUGCAGAUUUUGGUCGACGGCAACGUCCCACCUGGUGGUGGUAUCUCCAGCAGCGCUGCCUUCGUUUGCGCCAGCGCUCUGGCAGUCAUGAAGGCUAACAACCACAACGUGUCCAAGCAAGACUUGCUGGACUUAGCAGUUGUCUCAGAGCGGGCAGUGGGUGUCUACUCUGGCGGCAUGGACCAAGCGGCGUCCAUCUUCUCCAAGCGCGGCUACCUGCUCUAUACUCAAUUCUUCCCUCAAUUCGCAGCUCACCACGUAGCGAUCCCCAAGGCCGCCGAUGAAAUCACCUUCCUCAUGGCCCAGAGCUUCGUCACCUCCAACAAAGCCGACACCGCCCCACGCCACUACAACCUGCGUGUGGCCGAGUGCACUCUCGCCGCCGUGAUUCUCGCCAAGCACCACGGUGUUACCCUCCCCAAGGACAACAGCUCCCUCGGCUACAGUCUGCGUAACUUCCAGAACGAGCUCAUGACCAAGCAAGGCCGUCUCGAAGAUAAGCUGGAGGCCCAGCUCGACUCUGUGAUUCAAGCCACACAGAACCUCUUCACCAAGGAAGAGGGCUACACCCGGGAAGAAAUGGCCCAGCUGCUCAGCAUCAGCGUGCCCGAGCUUGAAUCAAGCUUCCUCUCCGCGUUCCCUGUCCAGGCCGACCGAUUCCAGCUCCGACAGCGCGCACUGCACUGCUUCAAGGAAGCGCGCCGUGUCCUCGAUUUCAAGGCCUGUCUGAGCAAUUCGCAGGAGCUGGAUGAGGAGCGUAUCCAAUACCUGGGACAACUGCUGAAUGAUUCGCAGGAGUCCUGUCGGACGGCGUAUGACUGUAGUGCGCCUGAGGUUGAUGAGAUCUGCGCUAUUGCGCGCAAGGCCGGAACCUGGGGUUCGCGUCUGACUGGUGCCGGGUGGGGUGGUUGCACCGUGCACAUGUUGCCACAGGGCAAGGUGGAUGCCGUUACCGCGGCAUUGAGGGACGAGUACUAUCUCAAGAAGUUCCCUGACAUCAGCAAGGAGAAGUUGGAGCAGGCUAUGGUUAUCAGCAAGCCGUCCAACGGGUCUUUCUUGGUUACGGGGGCUGCUAUUGACCAGAUCCCUCUGUAA